UGAAAAUUAGAGGGAUUCUGUGAUUCUUGCACGAGUGUGUCACUGUACUUGAAUGAAUCACGGUCUCCUUCCAUUGUUUUGGCUGAAGAAUAAGUCAAUUUACCUUAUGAACUGCUGAUUCAAAGAACCCUAAUACUUCCACAAUAUAAUUUUUAAGAUGUUCAAAUGGAUCAGAAAGGAUAUCUAAAAACCAUAUGUCAUAGUAUACAUUGAUUUGUUGUACAGACAUGGAAAGAAAUUGAAAUUACAUAUAAUUGAUAAAAGAAUCCUUGGAAAAGUAAUUUUCCAAUGAAAAAUAGGGAAACUAUAAUCGUCUUGGCAGAUGAACACACACAUGCAUGAUGGUGAACUUUUACGUAAUAUUAUUUUUAAUAUGUGCGUCCACCGCAGAACUGUCCAAUGAUUGUAAUGACCCCAACUGGCACUCGUUGGAGACAUUGGAAACCGCUAGAGCAAACUGCGGACCAAUUUUUGAGAAUCGAUGUACUUGCAUGACAACGUGUUAUGAACACCACCAUCAAUAUGUUGUUAACUGUACUGAUUCGAAUUUCCGUAGCACAUCACCACUCGCACAUUUACCAAAUGAAACACAAGUUCUAAUUUUUACUGGAAACCAGCUUACAGAACUUCCAUGGAAUGUAUUUGGCACCCUGGAUAGUUUACCUAAUUUAAGAGUGAUUGAUAUGUCUAAUAAUAAGAUCAAAGAAAUUCGAGGAAAAGCGUAUCACCACGUUCAACGUGUGGAACGACUGAUUCUAGAUUUUAACGAAUUAUCCUUGGACCCUGCACGAAACCAUCCCAGAAUGUUCUCUAAUUUUGUAUCUCUUUUGGAACUUCAUUUAACUGAUGCUUUUGAAGAUGGGCCUCCAAGAGAUCGUGCAGCUAUGUUGCAUGAUAUUUUUGUAAAUAGUAAUUUAACGCAACUCAUAAAAUUGCACUUGGAGCAGAAUGAAAUAUCAGAGUUCCGAGAUCCUAACGUUUUUUGUGAUUUACCAAAUCUUCUGGAUCUCUAUUUGGGUGACAAUGCAUUGACAGCUCUGCACUUCAACAUAUCUUGUCUUCACAAUCUUCGUUUUGUGGAUCUCCAACGAAAUAAAUUUAAGAGGAUUCUUGAACGUGAUUUGCACGCCAUGGACACUAUUGUUAAGCACAAUCAAAGUAUAGUAGUGGACUUUACCGGAAAUCCAUUAGAAUGUUCCUGCAAACUUAAUCCCUUUAUUAAAUGGAUGAAGAAAACUAAAGUAUUUGUCCGCAAUAAGGGCAGUUUGAAAUGUUAUAAAGGUGAUGUACUUCAUGAAAUCCACGAGACGAAAAAUUGCACGCCAAAAUUGUUCUCAUCAGCUUCACGCAGUGCAACUGCCGCAUUAUUUUUACUUUCGUUAGUAUUGAUAGGACUCGUGUGUGCUCUGAUAUACUUGCAACGUACAAAAUUGCAGAAAAAAAUUGAGCCGAUAUUGGACUCUGUAAAUAAAAGGGUGCGGUAUACCUCAAUAGCGACUGGCGAUAAUCGUGAAGACCUGUAGCCAAUUUAAUAACCGACUGUUUUCAAACUGUUAAAGUUCCAUUUUUUUACUAUGUAGUACUUAAACAAUUUUGUUUGUUUUUAAUAUUAUGGAUAGUCUGAAAUCAAAAGAACAUAAGAUAUUAAUAUUUAUAAUACUUUACACAGUGAUUAAUGUAAGAUUUAAAUAAAAUGUAAAACGAUCAUGUAAAAAUGUAAAUUUAAAGCAACGAUUAUUUUCAUUGAAAAUAAUCUUUUAAACUGUUUAGUUGUAAUAAUAAUCUAAUAACAUUAGAUUUGUUAAAAUAGUAUUUAGAAAUAAAAUCAUACAUAAUUUUUAUAUUGUUAUUGCUUUAUAAAUCUGUCCAGUGAUA